UCGAAGAAGAAGAAUUUCGGAUGAAGUCACGCAGUCGAGUUGUGUACGUUGUUCGCAUGAGGUUCCUUGAUUAGCAAAACAUUAGCUAAGAACUCUUGAUAGUUUUACUACGUGAAUUAAAGUAAGGUAUUCACAGACGUCUAUUUUCAGGUGCUCUUUAGAGUUUAUAACGGGAUUUGUUUUAUAAUCCGUGUUUUUCCAGCGAGGUUUGGUCUAAUUUAGCUAGCUGACGUUUGCUAACAAACAGAAGCCAAGGCCCCCAGAGCAUUUCUCUAGCUUCUAGUAGCCACCAACAAUGGAAGGAUUUGGAAAGGCGCUGAUGUCUGGAACCCUUGUCCCAGCUAAUCCUGUAACAACAGUUGCUCUUCGACAGCCACCCGAGGAAACAAAGAAAACAAAUCGAAAGGUGCUCGAUGAAGAGAACUACAUAGAGAAUUUAGAGAAGAUCAUCCAGAGGGACUUUUUUCCAGAUGUGACAAAGUUACAAGCGCAGAAGGACUACCUUGAAGCUGAGGAAAAUGGGGAUCUUGGGAAGAUGAGGGAGAUAUCCAUUAAAUAUGGGUCAUCUGUAGCCAAGUCCACACCACUCUCCAAUGCCCCAUAUGUUACUCCAGCUUCUUUUGAGACGCCAGAGGGUCGUCCUGGAUCGCCCUCUUCUGUACUGGGCAAAACCAAGAAAGGAGCAGACGGUGUGAAUAAGGAAGGAGAUGAGGAGGAGAAAGAGCUGCCAUGUCUUGAUCGUUUCCUGGCUAAGAACACAAGUGAGGAUAAUGCAUCCUUUGAGCAGAUCAUGGAUCUAGCAGAAGACAAGGAGAAGUUGAGGCAUUCGUGGUUAUAUGAGGCGGAGGCUGAAUUUAAACAGCGGCAUGAAGAAAACCUUGCCCUGCCGUCAUCAGAGAAGCAAGCCCUUGAGUGUGUAAAGGCAGGACUAGAGACCUGGGAGUACAAAGCAAAGAAUGCCCUUAUGUACUAUCCAGAGGGUGUCAAGGAUGAUGACACCCUCUUCAAGAAGCCGAGGGAGGUGAUUCACAAGAACACUCGUUUUGUGGGAGACCCCUUCAGCAAAGCCCUUAACAAAUGCCAGCUUCAGCAGGCUGCAGCCCUCAAUGCACAGUUCAAACAGGGUAAAGUAGGCCCAGAUGGCAAAGAGCUUAAUGCCCAGGAUUCCCCGAAUGUUAACGGAUAUGGGUUUGAAGGAACUCCCUGCCCUUCCCCAGGUAUGGCUGAGUCCCCCCUGAUGACCUGGGGAGAGAUAGAGAGCACCCCCUUUCGCUUGGAUGGGUCUGACUCACCGUUUCAAGAGCGGAAUAUUGGCCCAUCGUUCAAGAUUCCAGAACCAGGAAGAAGAGAGCGGUUGGGUUUGAAAAUGGCCAAUGAGGCUGCAGCCAAAAACCGGGCAAAGAAGAAAGAAGCAUUGCGAAAGGUCACAGAAAAUCUUGCAAGUCUCACACCAAAAGGCCUGAGCCCAGCAUUGACCCCUGCCCUUCAGAGGCUUGUAAACCGGACCUCCAGCAAAUACACAGAUAAAGCUCUAAGGGCAAGCUACACCCCAUCUCCCACACACAGAGGAGCAGGCUCCAAAACCCCCCUGGGUGGUCCAGCCACUCCCUCAGGCACUCCAACACCAAGCAAAGCCAGGACCCCUGCCUCCCAGGACCCAGCGUCCAUCACAGACGACCUACUGCAGCUCCCAAAGAGGAGGAAAGCCUCUGACUUCUUCUGACCGUGGUGAAGCAAAAUUGAGAAAGAACAGUUAUCUUGAGGAAGUGAACUCAAGCAAAUUACUGGCCAUGGGGUGUUUCUCUCUACCCCACCCCAUGCCCUCCCUUUGGAUUUUAUGGACUUGACUUUUAUGACUGGAAUAGUCUGUGCACAAAGGGCAAAGAGUUGAAAUGCAAACUCUGAAUUCAAGGAUAGUUGCAAAGCUCAGGUCAUUACUGUUCUUAGGGUGUUGGAAAGAAAGGCAUAGCAUGUACUGUGUUAGAAACCUUCCAAGACUGGAUUACUGAAAUCUGUGGGUUCUAGAGAGAUCCAUAAUUGUACAUAGACUAAAAUGAUUAGAAUUUUAGUGAAUGUUACGAUGAGGCUUCAUUGAUUUUUGUAAAUAUAAUGUUCAUGUAAGCCUCUAUUUUGUAUGCCUCUUUCUGCAAUAUAAUGUCUUCAACCUAAAAAAAAAUGCCUUCGAGUGAUUUGUUUGUAAACGUGAAAUGUUGACACUCACCUUUUAUCAUAGCAGACUCAACAUCUGAAGAAAUGUAACUCAGUCUAUAUGGUUAAUCUUAACAAAGAUGUAUGCUUCAUUUAUUUGUAACUAAUUUGGUGGAAUAAAUCCAGCAUUUCAACAUGAA